AUGUCAAUAUCGUUGCUCAUUAAUUACAGGGUACUACUUGGAGGGAUAAGGUUUUGGAGGGACAAAUGGCCAGAUAGAGGGAGACUUCAAGAUUUAUUCCCGGUCAUUUUCAAGGCUGUCAAGGCGAAGGAUGCAUCAAUAGCUGAUAUGAUUGUGAAUAAUAGUUGGAAUUUUGAAUUCAGGAGGUCGUUGAACGCAAAUAAGAAGUUACAAUGGGACUUGCUCAGACGUGAUUGUUACCCAAUACCGGUGUUAGUGGAAGCGAAGGAUGAAGUGGAUAUUAUGGAGAAUUUUAGUGCUAAGAAGUGCUACGAGGUUUUGACAGGAACCUAUCCUCCUUGCAACUUUGAUUCUCACUUGUGGAAGCACAAUAUUCCAAAUAAGGUAAGCUUUAUUCUCUGGGCAAGUUUUCAUGAUUCAAUCUCUACUAGAGACAUGUUAGUUCAUCGUGGUAUGAGCAUUCAAAGUGACUUGUGUGUCUUGUGUAACGACGAGAAAGAAACAUUUGAUCACAUGUUUCUACAUUGUACGUAUUCAUUUGCGAUAUGGGAUUAUUUUAUCAAGGCAUUCAAGAUAUCUUGGUCGAUGCCAAGAAAUUUGUUUCAAUUCUUUGAAGCUUGGUUUACUAAUAUUCUUCAAGGAAUGGGAAAGAAGGUGUGGAAGAUUAUUCACUAUGCCAUUUGUUGGACCUUAUGGAAGGAACGAAAUGGGAGAGUUUUUGGUGGCCGCCAGAAGAGUGUUGCGGAAAAUAUUGAUCUUGUUAAACAACGUGUAGUUUUGUGGUCUUGUGAUACCGAUUCCUUUAGAUUUGUUCCCCCUAGUCUCAUCUGGAGCAAUGGGGAAGUUCUCAUGAGUGAGUGA